AUGGAAUACAACUUCCCGUAUUAUAUCAAGAUUCAGAAAGGACAAGAAUUCCACAGACAAGUUCGCUUUGAGGAGUUUGUUCAGAAUGUACUGUUUGAAAACAGUCGUACCUGGAUGUACAUUGGAGGCCGAUGCAUCGUCUCUGUGACCCUUCUCCGAGAAGCUCUGAAGAGCAAAGAGAGAGACCUGGAAACACUGAAGUUGGAUGCGCAGCUGCUGGAGCAAGCGACGGAGGCCAAGAUAGCUGAGAAGUCUGCAGCACUAGUGAGAGAAGUGUACUGUGCACAGCGUGAAAGAGAUGAAGCAAUUAUGGCGCGGCUUAGACUGGCUAAUGAAGAGAGGGAUGAGGCUCUUCUCCGUGUCCAGCAGCUCCAGCAGUACAUCAGAGAGAUGGAAGAUAUUAACCCUAAAGAAAGUGACAUGACUCUGCAGGAACUGCUUGAUAAACUGGAUGAAGCUGAAGAUGGCGCAGACAUUGUGCAGAACGGGGAUCUUAUUUUACAGCAUAUUAAGAGGAGUCAAGAAAGAAGAGAGCAAAUCACUGCGGAGGAAAUGGGUGCAGUGAUAAUAGAGCGGGACACGGCGCGCGCACAGUGCAAACAUCUGGAAAAGGAGCUUCAUCUGCUGAGAGAGAGCAAACAGAUCUGUACAGAUAUUGUAACUGCGCAGAAGACCUGCUUUGAUCCAGCUUCCAAGGCUCCAGUGACAUUUCUUCAACAUAAUCAGGGCAAGUUGAUGGAGGACUAUAAAAAGCUGGAAGAAGAGAUCCAGACCCUGAAUAUAUAUUACAGCUUGCACCAAUCCUUAUCUCAAGAAGUAAAUCUGAAGGAUCAAUUCUCCAGGGCGAUCAACCUAUAUGAUGAGGCUUUAAAAAACCGAGAAGAGCUUCUUAAGGUAACCCAGCAGCAGAAUGAAGAGCUGGGAUGGCAGCUCCAUGAAGCCCAAUUUCAGAAUGCAGAAUUGAAAGAAUCCUUGCGAAAGGCAACGGCUUGCCAAAAAGAAAUGGAAGACAAGGCUCACAAGCUGGAGCGCCUGGUUGACGUCCUACGGAAAAAGGUUGGAUCUGGAUCUGUUAGAACAAUGAUCUGAUAAUGAUAUCAGUAAACCAGUCUUUCCACGGCAAAGUAUGGAUACAAGGCUUAUCAACACAACUUCAUUCAUAUUGAGUUCACUAACCAAACUUAGAAACCACAUUUUUAAACCAAGGAUACAUUUCUUUUGGGUGUGGCGCAAACACCUUCGGAGGAAAUGAGCCCUAUACACAUUAUAGUGGAUUUACACAUCCCGUCUGAAGAUGCAGCUGAUCACCCGAUGAAUGAGCGAAACACUUGUUGAUCGGUUGAGACUUUCAUCUAAGGCUACUUUCACACUCGCGUUUGGUGCGGAUCUGUCAUGGAUCUGCACAAAUGCAUCCGUUCAGAUAAUACAACCGUCUGCAUCCGUUCAGAACAGAUCCGCU